GAUAAUAUCGGUGCAAGACACCGCUCACAGAUUAUCCGUUGAACUUUAUCGUUACGUACAAAAAUGGAAGAAGUACGGGAAUUUGUGGAGGUUCGAUAAAAGCCAGACAUGUGAAAAGUUUGCAGCCAAGAAUCCUACUCUGUUACAGUACGACGAAAAGUUUACAUUUUAUGGAGCUAUUGUCGAGGAGGUCGAAGAUAUGACAUCAUAUUAUGAUAUUAACAGUAUACGUGUAAACGUCAAGCCACUGUGUAUGGGGAUCAAAGAGCAUGGCAAAGAGUGGAAGCAAAUUUUGGGUAAUCAUUUGAUAGCCGACACUCAAGCAUCAAUGAGAGAAUUCAAAGACAAGAUGACCAAACUUCGAAAUGACGUCGAGCUAGUUAUCAAUGGACUCGAACGUUUCAAACUCGUUAUGCGAACUAUCGCUGAUAUAAAGAAAAUGUCGGUUCAAGCGGAAGUCCAAUACAUAGAGUACCAGGAAAGAUUCAGGACAUUGAGGAUUCAUCAAAUCGAGUUCAACGAGAAUGAUGAAGAAAUGGCAUGCAGACUUCGUCAAGAGUGGGAAUCGCUAUACCUCGGAGCACUUUACCGAGGAACAACACUAGAAACUACGAAAGAUAGGUUCUGCGAAAUGACUAAAGAAGAAAUCCGUGACUUUGCCGAUGAGUUCACCAAAUUUGCAGAAGAUUUCGAAAAGAAUGGUCCCGGCAGUGUCGGCGAUGAUCUGGACACGGGAAUGAAAAAGAUGGAUGAAUACGGUAAACUAAUCGACGUCUUGGAAGCUAAGCGGGUCGAUCUCGUCAACGCUGAAAUCCUUUUCGACUUACCACCGGCUGACUACUCUCGGUUCGUGAAUGUGAAAAAAGACUACGAGGGGAUGGAAAUGAUAUACAAACUUUACAAGUCUCAAAAAAUCAUGCGAGACGUGUGGGCCAAGACACUUUGGGUGAAUUUAAAUCCGCAUCAGCUGACCGAUGGCGUCGAACAAUUUAUGAAAGAAUUCAGACGAAUGCCCCGAGUCGUCAGGAUGCUCAGCGUUGGUCAAGCGCUUGAUAAUUUAUUGAAAGCCUUUAAAGGCUCUGUUCCACUCUUCGUAGAGUUGAAGAACGAGGCGAUGAGGGAUCGCCAUUGGCUAGAACUGAUGGAGAGAACUGGAAAAUAUUUUGAUAUGACUCCAGAGAGAUUUACGUUGGAGAAUAUGUUCGCUAUGGAUUUGGCCAAAUUUCAGGAUAUCGCUGAGAGAAUAGUAACGAAUGCCAUAAAAGAGUUGGCAAUUGAAAGGGGUGUCAAAGAAAUCGUUGACGUUUGGCGAACCAUAGAAUUCGUUGUGGUCAGACACUUCAUAGGCAACGAAGAUCGCGGAUACAUUUUGGGGCCACUGGAUGAACUCACGUUGGUUUUAGAGGACAAUAUAAUGAACCUCCAGAGCAUGUCAGCGUCCCAGUUCAUCGGCCCGUUCUUGGGGAUAGUACAAAAGUGGGAGAAAUCAAUGGAAACUAUUUCCGAAGUUAUAGAGGCUUGGCUGGACUUACAACGGAAGUGGUUGUACCUCGAAGGAAUAUUUGUCGGAGGUGACAUCAGACUGCAACUCCCUGAGGAGGCGAAGAAAUUCGAUGACAUUGACAAAGCGUUUAGGCAAGUCAUGACGGACACGUCUAAAAGACUCAAUGUUUUGGAGUGCUGCAUGAUGCCAGGUCGCAAGGAUGAAUUCGAAGCGUUGAGCUGGGGCUUGGAAAGGUGUCAAAAAUCUCUCACGGAGUAUCUGAAUAGUAAAAGGGCGAUAUUUCCGCGAUUCAACUUCGUUAGUGACGAAGAGCUCCUCGGUAUCCUAGGAAACAGUGAUCCUACAGCGAUUCAAGAACACGUUGGAAAAAUGUUUGACAAUUUGGAUAAAUUCAGACUCACGCCAAGCCACCAGGACAGAAUGAUGGCAAGCGCUCUGAUAUCAGCUGAACGUGAAAUAAUGGAAUUCAGAACAGCUGUUGUAGCUGAGGGAAAAAUUGAGGAGUGGAUGGUCUUGGCCCUCGCUGAAAUGCGAAGGUCCAACAGAUAUUUGACCAAAAAAGCUAUCUUCAAUUACGGAAAAGUGAGACGACCGAGGACAGAAUGGAUGCUAGACUUCCAAGGGAUGAUGAUCCUUGCAGCUAAUCAAGUAUGGUGGACCGCGGAGACCGAAAAUGUGUUCAAAAAAAUCUCAAUGGGGAAAAAACGUGCGAUGAAGGAGUAUUUAGAACAACUUAAUCGCCAACUGGAUGAAGUUGUAACGUUAAUGGGUGGCGACACUCUUACCAGUAACGAUAGAAAGAAGCUGGAUACCAUUUUAACGAUUGACGUGCAUAUACGAGACAUCAUCGAUAGCUUUGUCAGAGACAGCAUUAUGGACGCAAUGGAGUUUGAGUGGGAGAGUCAGUUAAGAUUUUACUGGGUGCAUGACUCGGAUAACUUGUGGGUCAAUCAGUGCACCGGCACAUUCGAAUAUGGCUACGAAUACAUGGGUCUGAACGGAAGAUUGGUGGUCACCCCGUUGACCGACAGAAUUUACUUGACGAUCACGCAAGCUCUAUCUAUGCAGCUCGGUGGAGCACCCGCAGGACCUGCUGGAACGGGGAAAACUGAAACGACAAAAGAUCUGGCAAAAGCCUUAGGUUUAAUCUGUUUUGUAACAAAUUGCGGGGAAGGUAUGGACUACGUUGCCAUCGGAAAAACUCUGGGUGGUUUAGCUCAGUGCGGAGCAUGGGGAUGUUUCGAUGAAUUCAACAGAAUUGAUAUUUCCGUAUUGUCGGUGAUAUCGACGCAACUACAGACUAUAAGAUCAGCCUUACAACUUAAAGUCGUCAAAUUUAUGUUUGAGGGUCAAGAUAUUUUGCUCGAUUCAAAAGUAGGGAUAUUUAUUACCAUGAAUCCAGGAUACGCGGGGCGCACGGAACUUCCAGAAUCUGUAAAGGCCUUGUUUCGUCCUGUCGUCUGUAUCGUUCCGGACAAUGAAAUGAUUUGUUUAAUAAAGCUAUUCUCGGCUGGUUUUCUGACUGCUAAGGUCCUUGCAAAAAAAAUGACUGUUCUGUACACUCUAGCCAGAGAGCAGCUUAGCAAACAAACACAUUAUGAUUUUGGUUUACGAGCAUUGAAGUCCGUACUCAAUAUGGCUGGCCAAUUGAAAAGAACGUCUGAAGAUCUCUCCGAAGACGUCGUUCUCAUGAGGGCACUCAGGGAUAUGAACCUACCAAAAUUCAUCUUCGACGAUGUUCCACUAUUUCUAGGAUUGAUCAAAGAUCUGUUUCCUGGCUUGGCUUGUCCAAGGGUAGGAUAUCCAGAUUUCAAUGAAGCGGUUGAAAAGAUGCUGGUCGAAGACGGAUACAUUCUCCUACCGGACCAGAUUGACAAAGUUGUACAAAUGUAUGAAGUGAUGAUGACGAGACAUUCUACGAUGAUAGUUGGACCGACCGGGGGUGGAAAAACUGUCGUAAUAAAGACCUUGUGCAGAGCUCAAACGUAUCUGGACAAACCUACAAAAUUGUACGUACUAAAUCCGAAGGCGUGCACAGUGAUCGAGCUCUAUGGGAUUCUGGAUCCACUGACAAGAGAUUGGACGGACGGAUUAUUGAGUAAUAUUUUCCGAGAGAUUAACAAACCAUUGGAUUCAGACAAAGAUGAACGGAAAUAUAUAUUAUUUGACGGAGACGUAGACGCUCUUUGGAUAGAGAAUAUGAACUCCGUGAUGGAUGACAACAAAAUACUGACGUUGGCAAAUCAAGAAAGAAUAAAAUUGCAAAAACAUUCUGCUUUAUUAUUCGAGGUUGGAGAUUUGCAGUAUGCGUCACCAGCUACAGUCUCAAGAGCUGGAAUGGUUUACGUCGAUCCUAAAAACUUGGGCUAUCAACCCUUUAUGGAUAAAUGGAUCAACUCAAGGCCACAAGCCGAGCGAGAAUUCUUCGCAGCCAUGUGUGAAAAAUAUGUCCACGGGUUAAUCAGGCUAAUAAUAGACGGAAUAAUUGAGAUCCAGCAGGGUCAGCCUUUGAAAAUGAUCAUACCUCAGACUGGGCUCAAUAUGGUAACGCAAUUGUGCUACAUGGUGGAUGGCCUUUAUCCAUCGAACGCUGAAGUCGAAUCUCCUUCAAAAUCGAAUGGAGAACCAUCAAAUACAGAAGACGAAGAAGAAGGAGCUGUCCAAGUGGCAUACAGAGACGAGUUACUGGAAGCGAUUUAUAUUCAAUCGUGUUAUUGCUCAUUCGGUGCUUCGCUAAUCUCUGACUGCAGACUGGUUUUUGACGAUUACAUUAAAAAAAUAGCAGGACUAAUUUUGAUCGAUGACACAGUUGAAAAGCCAGCAACUUGUCGGUAUCUCCCGGUAACCAACGGUACGUUGUUCGACUACAUCUUAGACAUAGAGAACCGUAUUUGGAAACCUUGGAAAUUGCUCGUACCGGAUUACGUUCACCACAGGGAAAAGAACUUCAGCGAAAUUCUGGUCCCAACGAUCGACACUUUGAGAACUACCUGGUUUGUUAAAAUAAUGAACACGCUGACAAGACCUGUUAUCCUCGUCGGGGAAACUGGUACUUCAAAGACCGCUAUAAUUCAUGAAUUUCUCCGGGUACUGGACACCGAUAAAUUCAAUCAACUAUUAAUAAACUUCUCAUCGAGAACGACUUCAAUGGAUGUUCAAAGGAUUAUUGAAUCUGCGGUGGAAAAACGUACGAAAGACUUGUACGGACCUCCACCAGGAAAAAAACUAAUCGUUUUCAUAGAUGACAUGAAUAUGCCUUUGGUCGACACCUAUGGUACCCAGCAGCCGAUCGCUUUGCUCAAGCUUCUAUUCGAAAGAGGUGGCCUUUACGACAGAGGAAAGGAUCUGAACUGGAAGAUACUCAAAGACAUAUGCUAUCUGGCUGCGAUGGGAAAAGCUGGUGGAGGAAGAAAUGAAGUGGAUCCACGAUUUAUGUCGAUGUUCUCUGUAUAUAACGUAACGUUCCCAUCCGAUGAUACCCUUACGCAUAUUUACUCGAGCAUUCUGAAGGGACAUUUAGAAAUAUUUCCCGAAGCAGUUCAAGCUACCGCACACACGCUGAUAAACAUCACGCUCAAUCUCUACAGGAUGGUCACGACGGAACUCCCUCCGACACCGUCCAAAUUUCACUACAUAUUCAACUUGCGCGAUUUGUCCAGGAUAGUAUCUGGGCUGUUGUUGACUCACCCGACUCUAUAUACCUCUGCGAUGCAUUUCGUUAGAGUUUGGAGAAAUGAGUUCUACAGAGUUAUUUGCGAUCGAUUGAUCAACUCUGCGGACCAAGAGCUUAUGCGCGCUAAUAUAGAAGCAGAGAUAAAUUCGGGCUUUCAAGAACAACCGGAAGUUAUCGAAUACGCGCUGCGCGAUCCACUUUUAUACGGUGACUACAGGAAUGCCUGCAACGAGGAGGAGCCUCGAUACUACGAGGAUUUACUCGAUUACGAAGCUAUAUAUAGUCUUUUCAUGGAGAUUCUGGAAGACUACAACGCACAAAAUAUGGCCAUAAAUAUGGUCCUCUUCAAUGACGCACUAGAGCAUUUGACCCGCGUUCAUAGAGCUUUGCGUAUGCAUCGUGGUCAUGUUCUAGUGAUAGGAAUCGGAGGCAGUGGUAAACAAAGUAUAAUUCGUCUGGCGUCUUUUGCCGCAAGUUGUGAAAUAUUCGAGAUCACCUUGAGCCGUGGUUACAACGAGACCACCUUCAGAGAGGACAUGAAGAAGCUGUACAACAUAGCAGGGGUUGAAAAUAAAAGAGUUGUAUUCCUAUUCACGGCACAGCACGUGGCAGACGAAAGCUUCUUAGAACUUGUUAAUAAUAUUCUCAUGACAGGGGUCGUUCCAGCUUUGUUUUCCGACGAAGAGAAGGAUGUCAUCGUCAACAGCUGUCGAAAUGCAGCUCAAGACGUUGGAUAUGGUAUAACUAGGGAAUCAGUCUGGUCUUAUUUCGUUGCUACAAGUAUCACCAAUUUACGACUGGCUCUUUCAAUGAGUCCUGCGGGAGACGUGCUUCGCGGACGUUGCAGAAGUUAUCCUGGGCUCGUUAACAGUACGACAAUAGAUUGGCUCUUUCCGUGGCCUGAACAAGCUCUGUUCGCCGUAGCCAAUGUGGUCCUCAGAGACAAUCCAAAAAUUCCUGAAGACCACAGAGAUUCGAUCGUUCAGCACGUCGUUCACGUCCACCUGUCCAUCGGACAAUACACGGCUGAAUUUUUGACAAAAUUAAGAAGGAGAAAUUACGUGACACCGAAACAUUACCUCGAUUUCAUUAAUACGUAUCUAAAUUUAUUGGGUGAAAAAAAGGAGUACAUCAUGUCACAAUGCAACCGUUUAUCCGGAGGACUGCAGAAAAUUGCUGAGGCUUCGGGAACAUUGGCGCAUUUGAAUGAAAUUCUUGCUGUACAGCGCGUUAAAGUGGCGGAACAAACCAAGAAUUGCGAACAAUUGUUGUCGUCGAUUGGGGAGAGCACGGAUAUCGCAAUGGUGAAGAAGAAUAUUGGUAUAGAAAAGCGUGAGGAAAUCGAAGAACAAAAUAAAAUGAUAGCAAAGGAAGCUGCGGAGGCGAAAGAAGUUUUGAGCGACGCUCAGCCAGCAUUGGAAGCCGCGAGACUGGCGCUGGCUGAUUUGGAUAAAUCCGAUAUCACUGAAAUAAGAUCAUUUGCAACUCCUCCAGAACCCGUUCAAGUCGUUUGCGAAGCUGUCGCGAUAAUACGUGGGAUCAAGGAGAUAUCGUGGAAGGGUGCAAAGGGAAUGAUGAGCGAUCCAAGUUUUUUGCGAACUUUGCAGGAGAUGAAUUGUGAUUCAAUUACUGCGAAACAGCAGCAACUGGUUAGACAACACUUAAAAAAAUCAAAUAAACUUGAACAGAUGAAAACCAUUAGCAAAGCUGGUUACGGUCUCUAUAAAUUUGUCCUCGCUGUGUUGGACUAUUGUGCUGUAUUCAAAGAGGUGAAACCGAAAAUUGAUAGAGUCCAGGCGUUAGAAGCAGAGGCAGAAAAGGCGAGAAAAGCUUUGGAAAAAGAAGAACGUGAAUUGACGCGCAUAGAAAAGCAAUUGGAUGAAUUGAAUGAAAAGUACGAUGUCGCAAUGGUCGAAAGACAAAGACUGCAAGAGGAAACGGAUAUUCUUCAGCGACGCCUCCUCGCCGCAGAUAAACUCAUCAGCGGAUUAUCGUCGGAAAAUAGAAGAUGGCAGAAAGAUUUGGAAAGUUUACGUGAUGAGCUGGAAAAAAUUAUUGGAAAUUGUCUUCUGUCCGCCGCGUUUCUUUCCUAUAAUGGACCCUUUUCUUACGAAUUUAGGAUACAAAUGGUGUAUAGUGAUUGGCAGAGCAGCAUCCUUGAAAAAGGAAUACCACUCACGCGCCCUUUCAAAAUAGAUUCCCAAUUGAGCAACGACGUUGAGAUUAGCAGUUGGAAUUCUCAAGGACUUCCUGCCGAUGAGCUGUCCGUUCAGAAUGGUAUCUUGACAACACGAGCUUCGAGAUUUCCGCUUUGCAUAGAUCCACAACAGCAGGCACUCCACUGGGUCAAAAAAAAAGAAGGAAUAAACAAUUUGAAAAUAGUGACAUUCAACGACUUGGAUUUCAUCAAGCAAGUCGAAAUGGCCAUAAUGUACGGAUUUCCCAUCCUGUUCCAGGAUGUUGAUUACAUUGAUCCGGUACUCGACAACGUACUAAUGAAAAACAUACGAAAUGUGCAAGGGCGAAGUUUCAUCGAACUCGGAGAUAAGGAAGUAGACUAUGAUCCUAAAUUCCGGUUAUACUUGACUACGAAAAUACCGAACCCGGUUUUGAAUCCUGCAAUUUACGCAAAAGCGAUGGUCAUUAAUUAUAAUGUCACUUUGUCAGGUCUAGAAGAUCAAUUGUUGUCAGUUGUGGUGCGAACAGAGCGUCCCGAUAUUGAAGAGCAACGAGAAACAUUGAUUGCAGAGACUAGCGAAAAUAAAAAUCUUUUGCAACAGUUGGAAGACAGUUUGUUACGAGAAAUUGCUACUAACCAGGGCAAUAUGCUCGACAAUAUGGACCUCGUUCAGACCUUGGAAAAUACUAAAUUCAGCGCUACCGAAGUCAUGGCUAAAUUACUAUUGGCAGAAUUGACGACGACUGAUAUAAAUAAACUGAGAGAAGGAUACCGUCCAGUAGCAAAACGAGGUGCAAUUUUGUUUUUCGUGCUCGCGGAUAUGGCAGCUGUUAAUUCCAUGUAUCAAUAUUCGCUAAUAAGUUACUUGGAAGUAUUUAUCUAUUCGUUGAAAAAGGCCAUACCGGAUCCUUCGCUUAUCAAAAGAUUGAAAAACAUCACCAUAAUGCUUACGAAAAAUGUGUACGAAUAUGGCUGCGUGGGGAUUUUCGAAAAACACAAGUUGUUAUAUUCUUUUCAAAUUACUACGAGGAUCGAACAAAGCACCGAUAAGAUCAGUCAAUUGCAAUUAGACUUCUUUAUCAAGGGUAAUGUAUCCUUAGAGAAAUCUCCUGUUCAAAAUCCAGCAAAAUGGCUAUCAGCCUCGGGCUGGGAAAACAUUCUAAAAUUGGCAGCUGAAUUUCCUGAAGUAUUCGGAGAGUUGCCCAAACAACUUAUGGACCAUACGAGCGAAUGGAAAGAGUGGUUUGAUUCAGACAAUCCUGAGUCAAUGGAAUUCCCGUGUGGAUAUACUGCGACCUCGAAUCCCUUUGAAAAACUUAUGUUAAUCCGGUGUUUCCGCAUUGAUCGUGUUUUUCGUGGAGUUAUAAAUUAUAUCAGCGAAAUUAUGGGAGAGGAAUAUAUAACACCCCCUAACGUCAGCUUUGAUAGAAUAUUCGAACAAAGUACAGCUACAAUGCCUGUCGUGUUUAUCCUGAGCCCCGGAUCUGAUCCAACUUCUGAACUGAUGAAAUUGGCAGAAAGGUACAAUUGCGGUGGCGGUAAAUUCAGAUAUUUAUCGCUCGGACAAGGGCAAGAAAAGACCGCAAUAGAAUUUUUACAAACUGCUGUGGCAAGAGGGCAGUGGCUUAUGUUGCAAAACUGUCAUUUACUCCUCGGCUUUAUGAGAGACUUGGAAAAACAUUUGGAAAAUAUUCAGAAACCUCAUCCAGAUUUUCGUCUUUGGCUUACCACGGAUCCAACUCCAAGCUUCCCGAUUGGAAUUUUGCAACAAUCACUUAAAGUCGUAACGGAACCACCCAAUGGUUUAAAGUUGAAUUUGCGAAAUACGUACCUGAAGAUGAACUAUCAUGCUCUGGAUGUCUGCGACCAUCAUAUCUACAAGGACCUCAUUUAUGUACUCGCCUUUUUUCAUGCUGUAGUUCAGGAGAGAAGGAGGUACGACAAAAUGGGCUGGAAUAUAAGCUACGAUUUCAAUGAAUCCGAUUUCAACGUGUGCACCAUCAUAUUGGAUACUUACCUAAGCAAAGUGUUGGUCAAAAAAGAGAGCAGAAUUCCAUGGAGCAGUCUAAAGUACUUAGUCGGGGAGGUAAUGUACGGAGGAAGAGUCAUCGAUAAUUAUGACCGCCGUGUCGUAAAGAUUUAUAUGGACGAAUACUUCGGUGAUUUCCUCUUUGACACGUUCCAACCAUUCCACUUUUACCGCGACAAUGAGGUCGAUUAUACGAUUCCACCGCAAGGAGACAGAGAUAAUUAUUGCGAAUUCAUCGAAGAAUUACCGCUCGUUAACUCCCCGGAAGUUUUUGGAUUACAUCCUAAUGCCGAAAUCGGAUAUUUCACCCAAGCAACCAGAGAUAUGUGGAGGAAUUUAAUCGAGUUGCAGCCACAAACAGCUGACAAUAGUACUGGCAUUAGCAGGGACGAUUUUAUUGACGGAGUGGCUCAGGAUAUUCUGGCGAAGAUCCCACCAGAAUACGACAUGAUGAAAGUCAAACGAAACUUUGGCCUAGCUAUCACCCCAACGGCUAUUGUACUGUUUCAGGAACUCGAAAGGUUCAACAAGUUGAUAAGAACUAUGGCAACGACGCUGAAUCACCUCAGAAAGGCUAUCGCCGGUGAAAUUGGCAUGGACGCAACACUGGACAGCGUCUCUUUAGCACUGUUUAAUGGAUUCCUGCCAAUGGAAUGGGCGAGGCUUGCUCCAGCUACGAAGAAAAAUUUAGCGGGAUGGAUGGAUCACUUUGAAAAUAGAAUAUCUCAGUACACUAAAUGGGCUGGCUGUAACGAACCAGUAGUCAUUUGGCUUUCGGGCUUACACAUUCCUGAAACGUAUUUAGCGGCAUUAGUUCAAAUGGCUUGUCGAAAAAAUAAUUGGCCGUUAGAUCGGUCGUUGACUUACACCGCGGUUUCUAAUUUCCGAGAUGCUAGCGAAGUAGAGGAAAGACCCGAUCAGGGCUGCUACGUUCAAGGGUUGUAUUUAGAGGGUGCGCGAUGGGAUGCGGAUGAGCAUUGUUUGAAACGUUCAUAUUCAAAAGUUUUAACUGAGGAACUACCGGUAUUAACUGUUAUACCAAUCGAGUCUCAUCGAUUAAAAUUGCAGAACACGUUAAAAACUCCGGUGUACACGACAUCGGACAGACGCAAUGCGAUGGGGGUUGGAUUGGUAUUUGAAGCCGACCUCGCGACUACAGAACAUAUUUCACAUUGGGUAUUGCAGGGCGUAUGUCUAUUGUUAAACGCGGAUUGAAAAUCCAACAACAAGAAUCCAAGAAUCUGUGUUCUUUUUCGUAUAUAUUGGUCCGAAUAAAGGAGCUAUUCGCGAUGGAUUCCUUGGGGCGUAAACCGUGUGACACGUAAUUUUCCGUAAAGAUAUCACGGUCCUAAU